CUUGACCUGUAUUUUACUACAGUACUUUCGCACAGAAAGAGAAAGAGGAAGAGAAUAGAAAAAGAAAGCGAAUUACACACUGACACAUCAGGAAAGUGAAUGGACUCACAUUGAACAGUGCCAAAACACUAUCAAAAUCUAUCGGUUCGAUUUGGUUUAUAGUAGUAGCUGACAAAUCACAUUGUAAAAUCUAUUUAGGGGAAGGAUGUGAAUGACUCAUUUUCACUUAAAGGUCAAUGUUUAUCACGCCCUCGUUUUCUCAUUGGUUGUGAGUGGUGUUCCUCUUUCUCUAUGAGAGUAGUGUGAAUAGUAGGAGGGCCAGUCCCCUACGUGAAGAGUUAUCUAGUCUCUUUGUUUUCCUUCAGUCACUCAGGAAAGUACCAGCCCAACCUGCCUCCUGUCCUGGACAGCUACAGAGGAACACAGAGCAGAACACAGACAUAAAGACGUCCUCGUCGGAUACAGACGCAACACACACACAGCAGUGUUCUGAGGUUUCACAGCAGAGGAAGCCAAGAGGACAAACACACACAGUGGCUCCAUCUCUCUCUCUUCCUGCACUCCCUCUGCUGCAUCUCAGGGGACUGAGGUUGCUCUACCCGAGCCUCUCUCUCCCCCACAGCCGGACGUUGCAGAUUGAUGAUGCCGCAGCAGUCAAUGGAUCGCUGUGAGGUUUCAGAGAACUGCCACCAUCAUAGCCCGGGGGCCCAUUCGAGCCAGCGGCGCCUGGUCAGUGGACUCCUUCUCUGGGUCGGUCUCCUCACCGUCAGCCAUGUGGUCUCCAUCACCCUACUCAUCAUCACCAGGCCACACGCACUGAGCAUACCCCUGGAGCAUCAAAGAGUGCCAUGGCAAAUGCUCACCUUUGAACCCACAAGUAUAGACGAUAAUGAUGUCUCGGUGGCGAGAAGUGGGAUCAAGUGGAAGACGCAGUCCAAGGCGAAUAAUUCUGUCUCCCUAAAGGAAGGAUCCCUGACCAUCAACCAGGAUGGUUGUUACUUCCUGUAUCUUCAGGUGACUCUGGAGACACCAGAGGUGUCUGGACAGCACAUAGUGAGAGUGAACAAGCCCAACAGAGUCCUGCUGGAAGUAAGGAUGACCAACACCUCCCUCAGCACAGGGUUCCUGGGCAGGGCUGUGGAUCUAGCAGCCUCUGACAUCCUCACAGUCACUGUCUCCCCUGGUGCCAGGAUCAACACCACCUACACCGCCACAUACCUGGGCAUCAUAGGUCCAAAAUUAUAUCUUUAGAAUCUAUUGGAUAUAGACACUCCUGUCUUCAUAGACACAUGCUGGGGGCUAGAUCAGGGAGUCAUUUGGUAGGGGUUGAUUGAAUAGAUCCUGGGGAUCUGGAGCUAACUGGGAUCAACCCAUCAUCCCACCACCUGUCAGAGAGGUGGAGUAGUGGGGAAGAUCAUGUGGGAGACACGGUAUAUUUGACUGAAACUGAUUCAGUCCGACUCCCUGCUCAUCACAGAAGAUUAUUCCACUGCUUUAUACUCUACCUAGCCUUCCAACUGGUUUUGAGCUGCAAGGAUUUUCUUUCCAGAAUUCUACUGAUUUAAAAAAAAAAAAUGUUUAUUAACCUUUAUUUAACUAGAAAAAUCAGUUAAGAACACAUUCUUAUUUACAACGAGGGCCUACCAAAAUGCAAAAGGCCUCCUGCAGGGAAGGGGGAUUAAAAAUAUAAAAUAAUAAUAUGUCUUGUAAUGUUGGAAAAAUAUGUUUAAAAGUAUUGGUCAUCAUGGGUUAUGGGUUGUACUGUUACUUUGGCCUUUUUCUCUCUUGGAUGAAGUAGCACUGUUUUUACCGCUCAGGAUUAUAGUUAGUAUGUUUUUCCAGUAAAUAUUGUUUUUUAAGCUAUGAAUGAGGGGAUUGUCUUAUCAAGUCAUGUGCACAGGGUUGUUGAGAGAAUGCACAGUAUCAACAUAUCUUUAAUGUUUACUUUAAUAUUUGCGUAUUGCUUUGUAUUUAAAAUAUUCGUUUUUUUACCUAUUUAUGUCUUAUUACAAUAUUAUCUUAUUAUUAUUUUCUUCUUAUUUAUUUUCUAUAUCUAAUUUGAAGGACAUGUUGAGUAUGUUGUAGGAUGAGAUGUAGAGAUAAUCCAUGAAUGUAUGUCACUAACCAGGUUUCCAUUCAAUCCUUUUAUGCGAGUAAAGUACGUCAGGUAAAACAUUUAAUGACAGGCCUGAUAGAAACAGAAAAUGUUUCGGUAAACCUUCCAAAUGUAGACAAUACAAUGUACGCUAUACAAGGUGGGGUCGUUUUGUGUCGGUAAAAUUAGUUAUGCGAGAAAUGGCAGUGGAAACACCUUCAUGCGCAAAUAUUGAUGUA